GAAUCCCCCAGGCUGGUGUUUGGGUAUAAAAUGUAAUCGAGAAGUGACGCUUAACAGCAGAUGGACAGCUAGACUACUCGAAGAAGUAUCUAGGACAUCAACCAAGGACCAUGAGGUUUCUUACUGCUCUGUUCGGUGGAAUUUGCGCCUUUGUGGCGGUUGCAGAAACAGCCACUUAUCAAGCUCUUCUCGUCCAAGACCCUUUCGCCCCCUACCCACUGGUUUACGCCGUUCCGUCUUGGAACACAGAGGACGAAACUCUGAGAUUGCGUCGGUCACCAGAUCAUCCUCAUGGCCACCAACCUGCACAUGUGGGUCCUGGGUUUGGUGGAGCCAGCGGUAGCAAGUCUGAGGCCUCAAGCAAUGCUGGAAGUUCCGCAUUUGGUGGCCGUGGUAAUGGCGGUCACGGCGGAAAUACAGGAUUUGGAGGCGGACCAGGAACUGGAGGCGGUAUAGGUCAUGGCGGAAACUCAGGCUUUGGAGGCGGACCAGGAACUGGAGGCGGUAUAGGUCAUGGCGGAAACUCAGGCUUUGGAGGCGGACCAGGAACUGGAGGCGCUAUAGGUCAUGGAGGAGCUCCCGUUGGAAUAGGAGGGACAGGCAGCAAGUCAUCUAGCAGUUCCAUCAGUGAGAGUAAUUCUGGAGGAGGACUUCGUGGUGGCUCUGGAAGUUCGUCUUCAUCUCAGAGUAGCAGCAGCAGCCUCAGUGGUGGCGGCAAGGGUGGAAGUGGUAGCCAGUCUAGCUCCUCGAGCGAUGCUUCUUCUGGCAGCAAUGGCUUUGGCAGCAAAAGUGGGUCUUCCAGUCAAUCAAGUUCUUCAAGCAAGGCAAUUGGCCACGGCAAAUAAAGCACUAACUAUACAAAACCCAGCUUAAUUAAAACUGUAACAAUCGUAACCCAUUACGUUCCAAGGUCGACAGCAUUGGCGGAAAAACAGAUUACACCUAGCUGACAUUUCUGAUAUUUUGGAUUGCUACAAGAGAUGGUUUCUUGUAGAAGAGGCAGAAACUACAGUUACCACUGCAAUAUAGUGAAAUUAUCACAUUUUAUUCUCGAAUAACUAAAGUUAAAAAAUAACAGCACAAAAUUGAAGUAAAUCUAAAAAAAAAAAAUCAAAAUUUUCUGCUUAUAUUUUAAAAUUUGGCACUUUAAGAAACAACGUUUAGGACUCAAGUCAAAAUUUAAAACAGCUAAUGUUUGUUUUUAUACGUAACCGAGAAACUAGAUAAGUAGAAUACCUUACAGACAACGCUUAAAAAUGUAGUAGGGAUAAUUAGACUUAUAUUUUAAUAUUAGUUCCUUUAUGAUAUAUAUAAAAGGGAAAUUAAAAUUACAAUACAUUUCAAAUUACAACUCUGUAUAUUUCACAGUAUAUGUAAUGAUAAUUAGAGUCUGCUAAUAUAACUUAAAUAGACUGUCUUCUAACGAAAUCCAUAUCAUACAUGAUACAGAACCAAACGUUUCGUUAAUGUAUUAAUCUCUAAAAAAAAUGUUGUUAAGAAUUAUGAAUGCUAAUUUUAUACAGAAUGAUUAUUAAAAAAUUAUAUUUAUUGA